AUGGAACAUUCAAGAAUGUUACGUUCCGGCAAGUCGACGCUCGUAACAGACGCCACGCCACAGUCGGGCCAAACGGGCUCGACGGAAACAGAAACGUGGAGUAAAGGCACCGGCACAGAAGAGUCGUCCGGUAACAGCAGCACGCGUACCGAGAGGGCCCACAGAGUAGCCAGCGAUAAAAACCCGACGGCAGAUUUAGAUACUCAAGUCGUAAGUGCGCCGGCCACAGUAGUAAAUGUCCCCUCGGACCGAGCGAGUAGUCGAUUGUCUGUAUUAAAAGCCGAAUUAGAGUUGCAUAAUUCCGAGUUAGCACAGGCUAGGGCGGCGUCCGCAGCUAACUUAAGUCGUUUGGAGAUAGCCAGAAUAGAACUGGAAAGCUCCAACGGCGCGGAACCGCCUAAUGUUGAAGGAUGGAUCUCGGAUCAGCACAUAUUUAGUAGGCCGGAAAUAGGAAACAACGCUCAAACCUCGGGACAGCCCAUACGGCCACUUGAAGCGAGUAGGAGCGAACCACGCGUAGGCGCGAACACGUCGCAUAAUAAUGUUAACGACAUGUCGAUGCUAGCCAACGCGAUAGUGCAAGCGGUUAACUCCAACAAAUGUAGCUCAGCGGUACCAAAGUACAUUCACGAACUGCCCCAUUUUGACGGGACAAUAGCGGAGUGA